GAUGGCGCACCCGGCAGUGUUCCCUCGAAGGGGCAGCGGUAGUGGCAGCGCCUCGGCUCUCAGUGCAGCAGGCUCAGCUGCAGGCACAGCCUCUGGCGCCAGGCGGAACUCAGAUGAAGAAGAAAAGUGGCUUCCAGAUAACCAGCGUGACUCCGGCUCAGAUCUCCGCCAGCAUCAGCUCCAACAACAGUAUAGCCGAAGACACGGAGAGCUACGACGAUCUGGAUGAAUCGCACACGGAAGAUCUCUCUUCUUCGGAGAUCCUGGAUGUGUCCCUUUCCAGGGCUACUGACUUAGGGGAGCCUGAACGCAGCUCCUCUGAGGAGACUCUCAAUAACUUCCAGGAAGCCGAGACACCUGGGGCAGUCUCUCCCAACCAGCCCCACCUUCCUCAGCCCCAUCUGCCUCACCUUCCACAGCAGAAUGUUGUGAUCAAUGGGAACGCUCAUCCACACCACCUCCAUCACCACCAUCACAGUCAUCAUGGGCACCACCUCCAGCAUGGGCACCACCAUCCAUCUCAUGCUGCUGUGGCCAGCGCGUCCCUUCCUGGAGCACCACCCUCAAGCCCAGUGUCCAGAAAACUCUCUUCUACUGGAAGCGCUGACAGCGUUCUACCAGUUGCGCCAGCUUCUGCUGUAUCAUCCGGUGGCCCACCUGCAUCUGUAAUGACUAAUAUCCGUGUUCCAAGUGCUCCAAGUACUACAGGCGGUAUAGGUAUCAAUUCUGUUACUGGCACUAAUACAGUGAAUAAUGUUAACGUUACUGCUGUGGGUAGUUUUAAUCCCAACGUGACAAGCAGCAUGCUUGGUAAUGCUAACAUAAGUACAAGCAAUAUUCCUAGUGCUGCUGGUGUGAGUGCUGGGCCUGGAGUUGCCAGCGGUGUUAAUGUGAAUAUUUUGAGUGGCAUGGGCAAUGAUACUAUUUCUUCCUCUGCUGCUAACAGUGUCCCUCAUGCAGCUGCAGGGAUGACUGCAGGAUCCGUUGCUGGUCCACAGCAACAACCAACAGUUAACACCUCGAGGUUCAGAGUUGUGAAGUUAGACUCUAGUUCUGAGCCCUUUAAAAAAGGUAGAUGGACUUGCACUGAGUUCUAUGAAAAAGAAAGUGCUGCACCUGCUACGGAAGGUGUCAUGAUCAAUAAAGUGGUGGAGACUGUGAAACAGAACCCAGUAGAAACGACUUCUGAGAGGGAGAGCACUAGUGGCAGUUCUGUGAGCAGUAGUGUCAGCACACUGAGUCACUACACAGAGAGUGUGGGAAGUGGGGAGAUGGGAGCUCCUGCCAUGGUGGUGCAGCCGCAGCAACAGCCGCCACCACCAGCUCCUCAAGGUGUGGCCCUUCAGCAGAUGGAUUUCAGUGCCACGGGUCCACAGGGUGUUCUGGCAGUUAGCAUGCCACAGAGUAUUUCUCAGUCACAGAUCUCGCAAGUACCUUUACAGUCUCAAGAACUGAGCUAUCAGCAGAAGCCGGGUCUUCAACCAGGACCUUUGCAAGCUGCCAUCAGUUCUGCGGCGGGUAUUCAGCCACCGCCUGUAAACGUGGUUGGUGUAACUUCAGCUUUAGGUCAGCAGCCUUCCGCUUCCAGUUUGGCUCAGCCCCAGCUGCCAUAUUCUCAGACGGCUCCUCCAGUGCACACCCCCCUUCCAGGGGCACCACCCCAACAGUUACCUUACGGACAGCAGCAGCCAAUGGUUUCUACACAGAUGGCACCAGGCCAUGGUAAACCGGUGACUCAAAAUCCUGCCUCAGAGUAUGUACAGCAGCAGCUGGCUCUUCAAACAGCAGUGUCCUCUGGACAGCCCAGUUCUGCAGGAGUGGGAGCAGGGACAACUGUGAUUCCUGUGGCUCAGCCACAGGGUAUCCAGCUGCCAGUGCAGCCCAUGGUGGUCCCGGCCCAACCUGCUGGGACCUCUGGCCAGCCUGUUGGCCAGGCUCAGACAGCAGUGUCCGCUGUACCCACUGGCAGUCCAAUUGCAAAUAUCGGUCAGCAGACAAACAUACCUACUGGGGUGCAGCAGCCCUGUUCCCAGGUUCCACCUUCAGUCAUUCAGCAAGGUGCUCCUCCAUCUUCCCAAGUAGUUCCACCGACGCAAACUGGGAUCAUUCAUCAGGGAGUUCAAACUAGCGCUUCGAGCCUUCCUCAACAAUUGGUUAUUGCACCCCAAAGUACCUUGUUAACUGUGCCUCCCCAGCCGCAAGGAGUAGAGCCAGUAGCUCCAGGAAUUGUUUCGCAGCAGUUGCCUGCAGUCAGUCCUGUGCCCUCUGCCAGUAGUAUUUCUGUUACAAAUCAGGUUAGUUCAGCUGGUCCUUCUGGAAUGCCUUCUGCCCCAACAAACUUGGUUCCACCACAGAAUAUAGCACAAACCCCAGCCACCCAAAAUGGUAAUUUGGUUCAGAGUGUUAGUCAACCUCCCUUGAUAGCAACUAAUAUAAAUUUGCCUUUGGGACAACAGAUACCACUAAGUUCUGCUCAGUUCUCUGCACAAUCAUUAGCUCAGGCGAUCGGAAGCCAAAUUGAAGAUGCCAGGCGCCCAGCGGAGCCCUCCUUAGUUGGCUUACCUCAGACUAUCAGUGGUGACAGUGGGGGAAUGUCAGCAGUUUCAGAUGGGAGUAGCAGCAGCCUAGCAGCCUCUGCUUCUCUUUUCCCGUUGAAGGUGCUACCGCUGACGACACCCCUGGUGGAUGGAGAGGAUGAGAGCUCCUCUGGUGCAAGUGUGGUAGCUAUUGACAACAAAAUCGAGCAAGCUAUGGACCUGGUGAAAAGCCACUUGAUGUAUGCGGUUCGGGAGGAGGUGGAGGUCCUCAAAGAGCAAAUCAAGGAACUCGUAGAGAAGAACUCGCAGCUGGAGCAGGAGAACAAUCUGCUGAAGACGCUGGCCAGUCCCGAGCAGCUCGCCCAGUUCCAGGCCCAGCGGCAGACCGGCUCCCCGCCUGCCGCCGCCACGCAGCCGCAGGAGACCACGCAGCCCCCCGCCCAGCCGGCGCCGCAGGGCUCCGGACCCACCGCGUAGCCGCCGGGCCCGCAGAAGCGGCUGCCGUGCGUGAACUGAACGGACGGAGAGAUGCAGAGAUGCGCCAGGCAGAGCCCGCCUCCACGGUCGCCCAUUUCACUGCUCGCCGCGAAAGAGACGUGAACCCGACGUAUGCCGUUCUCUCUUUCUUCCAGUGUUAAACACUCACAUGCUUUUGGCUUGAAGACGUGCCGUAGUUGGGUGAAUUAAAGGUUGCUCAGAGAAUUAGCGUGGAUGUCCUGGGACUUCUGCAGCUCGGCGGGUGUCUGAGAAAUGGUCUCACUCUUGCGGAGGAGCUGUGUGCCUUCCACCCCCUCCCGCCCCCGCCCCCGCCCCGCCCCCAGAGCUCGUGGUCCUGCUCGCCUGGUGUCCUCCGUGGGGUUGGUUCCGUGGGGGUGUGAAGCCGAGCUCCUCACCGGAUUUCCUCCUCCUCCCCUAGAGGAACUGGAAGGGGGGUGAAAGCAAAGACUAGAAUGAGGGGACAGAAUUCAUUCUACACGUUGACGACUGUCACCAAAACUCAUACAAUAGUAUCGUGCCUCUUUCUGAAACAGUGGGUGACACAAAACGGUGACAGGUAGCUGGGACCUAGGCUAUCUUACAUGAAGGUUGUUUUGCUUAUUGUAUAUUUAUGUAUGUAGUUGUAACUAUUUUGUACAGUAGAGGGCUAACUACUAUUUAGGUUGUACAGAUUGACAUGUAGCUGUUUCCUUGGCUGUCCGAAGCGGUGUGGACUGUCUUUUAUAUGUAGAGCUACGUAAGAAACUGCUACAUGACAAAAACCACACCUAAGGAAACUUUAAGAAGGGGCAGUUACUCACUUGGUGUAAUCUGAAAUCUUCUAGCUGCUGAAUAUUCUGAAGUAAAUCCCUGUUCGCCGAAGUCUUUCUCUUGAGCUGGUUGAACACAAGCGCUCAGUUCUGGCUAAUGACAUGGAUUUCCUGUAGGGGUUUCUGCAUAGUCCCUGUAUAGUAGUUAUAUGCAUAUGUUUCUGUGCAUGUUCCCUACACAGCUUUAAGGUGUCACUGUAUUUAACUGUUGUACUUGUCAACUUUCAAUAAAGUAUAUAAAAUGUUGAUAAACAA